AUGAUUUUUGGGAGGCACACGUCCGGCCCUUGUGGUGGACGCAAGGAGGGUCACCCUAAAGCCAAAGCGUUCAUCACGCACGGUGGCACCAACGACCAGGCCAUCUACCACCGCCUCUGGCUGGGGAUCCCCAUGUUCGCUGACCAGCCCGACAACAUGGUGCACAUGGAGGCCAAGGGCGUUGCCCGCAUACUGAACUACAACACCAUGCGGAGCCAGGACCUCCUUGACGCCCUGCAGACGGUCAUCACCCAGCCCUCGUAAAAGGAGAGCGUCAUGAGGCUGUCCAAGAUCCACCACGACCGGCUGCUGAGCCCCAGGGAUGAGGCUGUGUUCUGGAUCGAGUUCACCAUGCGCAACAAGGAAGCGCGACACCUCAGGGUGCAGGCCCACAGCCUCACCUGGUACCAGUACCACAGCCUGGACGUGGUGCAGCUGCUGCUGUCUGCUGGGCUGCUCCUAAUGGUCAAGAGCUGUUGCCUCGUCGUGAUGUGCUGUGGUAGAACGAGGAGCCUGAAGAACAUGAACAGUAAGAAGAGCAAGGCACAGUGAGGCUUUUGUUUGACCUCUUUCGCUUUUUUCACACUGCAUUUUGAUUUGUGAAUUGUCUUUACAAAUAACUUUUUGCCACAAGACACCUUUUUCCUACAGUAAAUUCAUGUAAGCAUUUUCAGGAAAAAUGUACUCAAACAUUUCUCUGCCAUUCAAUUUGGUACUUCAUUCAAGUUUUUAAUAGAGAAGGACACACCGUUGGACUGUAAUUGCUAACUUCUAAUUGCUAAAGUGUAAUCUGUUAGCAUUGGUUGUUUUGUGCUGGAUCAGAUGUACACAAGUCAUUUCAAUUGCCAAUCACUGUAAGGUA